AAUUUAUUGUCAUGAUUAGGAAGUCAGCUUAGAAAUAUUUCAACAUGGUUUCCAGUACAUUUGUGAAAUAAUGUACAUGAACAGGAAGGCUAAAGCAUUAGGGGUAAAUUGGAGGCACAAAAGGAGUUCUGAUGUCUUUCUUUCUUGGAUUCCCAGGGUAAAUAUUUUUAUCACCAUGAGAAACCACAGCAUUGUCAGUGAGUUCAUCCUCCUUAUGUUAUCUGCUGACCCUCAGACUCAAAUUCUGCUCUUCAUGUUGUUUCUGGUGAUUUACGUCCUGACCCUGAUGGGGAACCUGGUGAUGCUGCUGGUGAUUAGGACUGAUUCUCACCUUCACAUGCCCAUGUACUUCUUUUUGAGACAACUGUCCUUCCUGGACCUCUGCCACCCAACUGUCACAGUCCCCAAGAUGCUGGAGAAUCUACUUUCUGAAAGCAAAGCCAUCUUUGUAGAGAGCUGCCUGGCUCAGGCCUUCUUUGUGUUUGCCACCGGGGGCACGGAGGCCUGUCUGCUGGCUGUGAUGGCCUAUGACCGCUAUGUAGCCAUCAGCUCCCCUCUGCUCUAUGGCCAGGUGAUGAGCAACCAGCUCUGUGUUGGGAUGGUGUGGGGUUCCUGGGGCCUGGCCUUUGUUGAUGCUCUCAUUAAUAUCCUCUUGGCUGUCAAUUUAGACUAUUGCGAGGACCAGACUCUUCCCCACUUCAGCUGUGAGCUGUCUUCUCUCUUCCCUCUGUCUUGUUCUGAUACCUCGACCAACUUCACACUCUUGCUGUGCUCCUCUGUCUUGCAUUUCUUUGGAACCUUCGUUAUGAUUGUUUUUUCCUAUGUUCGCAUUGUCUCCACCAUCCUGAGCAUCAGCUCCACGUCAGGCAGAAGCAAGGCCUUCUCUACUUGCUCUUCUCACCUCACUACAGUGAUCUUGUUCUAUGGCUCAGGUUUCCUCAGCUAUCUCUUGCCAACCUCAGGCUCCCGUCUGGAGAUGGUGUUCUUGAAAUACAGCGUGGUCACUCCCAUGCUGAACCCCCUUGUCUACAGCCUACAGAACAAGGAGGUGAAGACAGCUAUGAGAAGAAUAUUAAGAAGAUAUGUUAAUUCUUUCACAUAG